CUUCAUCGUACAAUUCUGCAUCUCGGAGAAAACUAAACCGCUGAUGUCAACGCUCUCGAUCUACUAGACAAGCGUUUUGACGGAUGAUUACGGAAUCCGUCAUUCGGUGUGAAUAUAAACGGGACGCGGAUUCAUCGUGACAUGUAGUCGUCCAAUUAUCACCUUGAAAUGUUGCCAAAGAGUACGUGCCAGUGAUCCCCUCCGUAAUAAUUAUUUUCGACAGAUCAUUUCUAUAAAAUGUAACGAUGAAGACCAGCUUUUGAUAAGCAUUUUUUGUGAUUUGUGGCAGUAGGUCCUGUCCUGAUAGGAACAAUCCGUGUUAAAAAUGAAAGGUGCAGUUUAUUUUGUGGCACUAAUCCUUGGUUGUUACGGUCAAGGAUUUCGUGGAUACUACUAUCCAAGACCCAGUUGUCCUCUGCAAUUACCGGUGACAUACACCGUCACAGCAACACAAACCCAGGUCUACAGUUCGGAAGCGACCGUAUAUCAGACACAAUAUCUUACCAACGUUGUCACCGUUCCUGUGCUUUUAACUUCAACCGUCAUCACCGAACGUUUGCUCACAUCCUAUGCAACCGUGAUAUCUACGGUGCCGCAGUACGUGACGGAGACUAAUACGAUUUACAUCACACCCAGUCCGGUGGUGCGCUUCUCAACGAUUGUGUCCACUGCAACCGUAUGUUCCGACGUCUCUUCUGAUAGUCAAAAAGCGGUCAGCAACGCUUAUUUGCCACCGGAGGGAAAUUCACAUGGUUCACAAGCCGCUGUGGACGAUUUUAAACAGGCAGUAGAUAAUAGUUAUUUGCCACCAUCGGGCGGAGAUGAUUCCGGAAAUGUGAUCAAUUUAAGCGUGGGUAGUUUUGGUGGUGAUUCCCUGAAGCGAAGUACUGCCAGUUUCACUUCGUUCAACAACAAGCGGGCUCGUAAUUUGCUUCAUCUUGGAGCCUUGCCACCAAGUGUUUGAUACGAGUUACCCGUUGCAUGCAAGUGGUAUAAUACGUGUAGUGCUGGUGUGAUGAUGUAGAGUGUAUUCAGGGAGUUUAGUGCAGAAUCGAGCUGCACUAUAUGUUGCUAUGAAACAUAAAGUUGAUUGUUGCAGUUUAGUUUACUUUAAUACUAGGUAGAUAGUUGAUGCAGUAACUAUUAUACAGUAGUCGUUGACUAGUGGAUAUGAUUUUUAUAGGCUUUUUCAAAAUAAAAAAAUAUAUACA